GAGUGAAAGUGAUGUGUUUUGACUUGCUGCUGUUAACUUCUAUUCUCCACAAGCUUAACCAUUUUUGUAUCACGUCAAGAUGAGCCUGGAUUUGCCUUGAUUUAGUUGACAUUUUUUGAUAUGCUUGAGCACAUCUCUUCUUUUAUCUAUGCUUGCGCAAAUAGCGCAAAUACUUGAGCAUAAACUUGAGCCGUCUGUGGGCACUGUGAAAAUACUAGUCUAUGUUUAUGUUCAUUAAUCUAUGGUACGUCGAAUUUUUUUGGUAGUAUUUUUCGUAUGUUUAGGUUAAUUCAGUGUUUUGGAAGCUGUCAUCCUGUCAUCCAAGCAAGAUUUCACCUCAUGACAUGUUGAUCAGAUGAUGCAUUUGUUUUCACCGGCUUCCUGAAUUUAUCCACUGCACGAAAUGCUUUUAACCGUUUCAGCCAAAUUAUAUCCAAAGUAAUUUGAAUUAAGCAACGCCACUACAAAUUGUAUUAGUUUUUACAUAAAAUUUAAUUAAACUAGAUCAUUAUAAAAGUCUGUUUUUGUUCUAUACUUUAAUAAACUCUAAAUCAUGUCCGAGGCAAAACGUAACGUGUGCGGUGAACUGGCAUUUUUAGAACUUGUUGGAAAGUUAAAACAUAUCAAAAGAACUGGUUGGAUCAAACGUGAUGUACCUGAAUGUGAAACAAUAGCUGGUCAUAUGUAUCGAAUGGCUAUGACAACAUUUUUGUUGAAUGAUUCUUAUAAUAUUAACAGGUUGCGAUGUUUGGAACUUUCUCUUGUACAUGAUUUGAGUGAAUGUAUUGUUGGUGAUAUUACUCCAUAUUGCGGAGUAAGUCGGGAAGAGAAGAGGAAGCGAGAGGAUGCGGCAAUGGUGAAAAUUUCUGAACUUACAGGACUAGCAGGAAAUUACCUAAUGGAGUUGUAUAAUGAAUAUGAGAACCAGUCAACUGAAGAGUCAAGAUUUGUAAAAGAUUUAGACAGAUUUGAUAUGAUACAGCAAGCUUUUGAAUAUGAAAAAAUGCAGAACUCACCAGGAAAGCUUCAAGAAUUUUUUGAUUCAACGCAUGGUAAAUUUUUCCAUCCAUUUGUUAAAGCUCUUGUAGAAGAAUUAUAUAAACAGCGAAGUAUUUUUAUAAACACCCAGUCAAAAGCUGAUUGAUAAUGUUAUU